AUGGCAACUGGAGCGUCAACUGUAGAAGAGGCGUUGGAGAAGCUCCGAUGCAGCAUCAGCACCACCGAUGAGAUCAUGUUCCGCGACACUAACUUAGCAGGCUUAUGGGAAACCAUACGCAACAUCGAGAAGGAGCAGCGUUUACAUGAAGAGCUUCGAUUCAUGAGACGUAUAGAGCCCUUCAUAGAUACAUUGACUGCCUAUACUACCGUAAUCGACACGCUGUGCCAGGGAUACUCACCUAUGGCUUUUGUCUGGGGCCCUAUCAAGUUAAUUUUUAUGUUAGCCAAAAAUCAUUUCAAAGUCAUUGACACUGUACUGCAAGCCUACAGCAAAAUUGCGAGCGUUUUGCCCCGAAUUGAUCGGCUCAAAGCAAUUUUUGAUGACGAUGAUGACUUCAAACGGGCGACUGCACUGAUAUACAGCGACAUUUUGGAGUUUCACGAAAGGAGCUACAAGAUUUUCCGACGUAAAGCAUGGCAACUUUGGUUUGCAGUCCACUGGGGACAAUUCGGACGGCGUCUCCAGACAAUCAUUGAUCGUCUGUCAAUGCACUGUGAUGCAUUAGACAAAGAGGCAACAAUUUCACAUUUUGCAAAGAUGAAAGCUCAUGCAGAUCGUUGCCAAUUAGAAGACGAUGCGUUUGAACGACGCAGACACAACCAGAUGCUACAGGAUGUCCUUAUUUGGCUUGCAGAGUCAGAAGACGACCAGGAAGACCAUUUACGCCGUCUUUGCGAUGGAAGAAUGGUCGGAACUUGCAACUGGGUACUGGAGGAAGCUCAUAUGCACCAAUGGAUUGAAGAACACUCCGGAGCUGAGUCUCUAUGGAUGACCGGUAUCCCUGGUUCCGGGAAGAGUUACUUGUGUUCAUUUCUCAUAGAACAUCUGCAUACUCGAAAGGAUCAAUCUUGUUUAUAUUACUUCUGUGCCCACUAUGCUUCGGCGGAGGCAACGUGUUCGAAGAUCCUGCGCACAAUCUUCAUCCAGUUGCUUCGCCAAAAUCCCGACGCUGCGAUCUUAGUACACGAGCGAUUCUUACAAAGCAACUCCGGUCGCUCAAUCUCCGCCUUAGAAAAAAUGCUUGUCGAGAUAAUAUCUAGUGUGAAAACUACUUUCAUCGUUGUCGAUGGCCUAGACGAGUUGCGCCCGUCAAUUCAGGAGGACAUACUCAAGAGUCUGCGGGCCUUGACGCGCUCUCAAGCUCAAUGCAAAGUGCUCAUUUCAAGUCGAUUAGAGCCUCAGAUCAGGCGAUAUAUGACGAAGAAUCAUAUCCAAAUAAGAGAACAAACGGUGAAUGCCAUCCAGAUAUUCAUCAAAGAAGAGGUCAAAUACCUUCAAUUAAGACAUCCUGAAAUGGAUCAAGCACUUGGAAGCCUGAUCGAAUCGCGCCUUCAAGAGAGAGCCAAAGGCAUGUUUCUAUGGGUACGACUGGUGAAAACGAUGCUUGACGAGAAAUGCUCUGCGACAGAAAUGGAGCAAGCUUUAGACCAGCUUCCUGAGGGCUUAGACGAGGCUUAUCAUCGCAUACUCGUGCGCAUAGCCAAAGACCUAAGCUCCUACCUGAAGAAACGAGCGAUGAAAAUUCUUUUCUGGCUCUGCAUCGCGCGCCGACCAUUGACUGUGGACGAGAUCCUAGACGGGAUAGCACUAGAUCUUCAACAGACGGAGCUCAGCAAGUCUACUAGAUGCAAUGAUGUCGAGAGGGAUAUUGUAGGAAUAUGCGCGCCUCUUCUCGAGACCUACAAUGGAGACAGACUAGGUCUUGUUCAUUUUUCGGCCAAGGAGUACCUAAUUCAUCCACAAAGUGGCCCAUUCGUCGACCAAGUACAAGCCCAUCUCGCUGUCACCAGCUCCUGUAUGAUAAAUUUGAAUUCUUCUCUUGACCUCGUACCCGGGCUUAGCGCGCUCACAGACAUUGAUCGAGAGACGAGGACUGUUAAAGGAAUGUACGGCCUUCAUUCUUAUGCUAGCGAAUACUGGGUAGACCAUCUGUUAGAAUACUUCGCUGGUCUCGAUGCCCUCGAUGCAAAUGCUCUUGGAUUACUCGAACAUCUUACAGCAUUCUCUCGUGUACUCAGACAUGUCAGUAGUGAUCUUCCUCCUCGAAAUCUCAUCGCGAAUGCGGACGUAGCAAGACGAGCAAUGCAGUUGCUGACUCCAUACCCGGAAUUGCGCCACCUCAUAGCUAGUGAUCGCUUACGCAAAGCCAGGAGAAGCGAUGCGAGUCUCAAAAGUGAUAGUCUGAAGAAUCAACAGUCUUCGUUGCUACAAGCUGACAACACAUGGUUGACGCUCAUAGAUUGUCGUCUUACCGAAAUCUCAGAGCUUUUGACUUCCAUGGACCCUCACCAUUUACCUCCGCAUAUUGACAUCAAUGACCAUCACGACUUUGUUCGACGAUACAAAUUCUCCUGCCGAGCUGUUGAAUGUGGCCAAUUUUUCAAGCUGAGAGGGGAAAGAGACGCACAUGAGAACGCGCACGUGAUCUCCUUUCCGUGCAACCAGUGCGAUUUUUCUGCAAGAGGCUUUAAGUCUCGCAAAGAUCUAAAUAAGCACAUGAAGACUUACCACAUGUCGCCGGAAGAUCAAGAAAUCCCCACAACUCUGCGAUCUCUCGUUCCCACAGGCGGAAGCCUGAGUAUUGGAUCUCCAAGAUCGAUAUCGAGACCAGGGCGAUCGUCAUCCUGGAACGAACAGGGACGUACAGUUCUACAGCGGAGCUUUAGCCAGAUACUGAAACAGACUGAAGCGGCCAUAACUUCUGACCUCAACAGAAAGUCCGAAACCGACAUCAAUCCUUCAGAGAAGCCAGACGAGUUCAGUCUCAUUCGGUCCAAGAUUGCAAGCUCAGCAUACGACACCCUAGCAGAUUUCAAAGAUGAUAUACGAGGCGUACUCCAAGCUUCUGACGUACGUGGUAGAAUCGACAUCGAUUUCAUGUGUUCUUCUGGCCUGUAUACUGCUACGUCCGAAUUUCCUAAUUUCACCAAUGACGACUUGUCGCAACGUAACAUUGCAUUCAACAGCGAUGGCGAGAAUCAAGCCACAGAGAAAUCAACCAACACAGUUGAAACCAGUGAUAUAAGUGCUAUCCUCAAUAAACUGCCUGAAGAUGGUUCAGAGACGUACUGGUCCUUGUCUGAAGCACGAGAAUUUCCCUGCUUGCUAGAACGUUACGGCAGGCAAUUUGCGAGUAUCGCCGACCACCUAGGGACGAAGACUGCUGAGGAAGUUGGGCAGUAUUUUGAGAGGAUAAUUGCAUCGGGUAGCCCCUCAUUAGGUCAAAUCGCGAAUGAGGCCGAACUCAGACUGCAGCAUAAGGGGGCAGCAAGUGCCGAGUGUGUUACUGAAGAGACGAAGAUUGUGUCCACGCAGGGCACAUCUUUCCAUGUAGCUUCAACAUCUUUUCCAGCUGCGCAACCUCUUCCUGAUUCAAACCCUCCCUACACAUCAGGGAAAGUAUUUGAAACCUCUUUUUUGAGUCCCGAUGGGUCAAAUCAAAGCCAGGUCAUCCAAGGAGUCUCGUCAACAGAAGCAGAAAAGGCCGAAAGCGCAUCUAAACCAAAGAAGCGGCUCCCGCCACGGAGAGAAAUGUGCCAAUAUUGUGACAAAUAUCCCGAAGGCCUUCGUGAUGAAUUUGUCCUACGAAGACACAUAGAACGAUUUCACAGCGCAACUCGCAUGAUAUGGAUCUGCGAAGAUAUAUCCAUUGGAAAGAAUUUCCUGCGUGGAUGUAAGCCCUGCCUCACCGGCAAACGGUACAGGACAAAGCGCAAUGCUUGGAAACACCUCCGUGACACGCACUUCACGAUCGGCACAUCAGAGCACGUCUUGGUGAGGUGGACAAAAGAGAUUGAGGAGCCCAAUCCAAAAAGAUUGAGAGCUUCAGAGGAGGUCUUGCCACCUGACCAGCGCACAUCUAAAAGACAGAAGACCGACACGCGGCUUAUGUCCUUUGCGCCAGUCGUAGAUAGCCCUUUGACCAUCAAGGUGCUUCCUUCGAUGCAGUCAAUGCCAUCAAAAUCAACCCAGGGAGGUGCGUUCUCGGACAUGACGAGCCCCUCCGAAUCUGAAAGCGAAGAGGACAGGGGCAAGUCCUCAAGCAGCCAUACAAACCCUGCUCAUGAAGGCUCUGUACCUUCUGAAUUUCCUUCGGAUAUCUCGUUUGACAAUAUUUUGCCACGACUAAACGGCGAGGUUUAUGUUGGAGAGUCUGAAGGUCCUCCACAUCGCAAGAACCGGUCACUUAUUAGACCUGAUCAGGUCCCUCGUUUGCCGCAUCUAGGACCUUUCCGUAUGACCGCUUGUCAAGAUCAAGUCGACGCGCUAUAUCUACGGCUGGAUAGUGCGACGAUAGGCAGUGCAAACUACGAGUCCCAGCUUGACAAGCUGACAAAGCUGUCUCAGGAUUUGAGGACAAAUCUGAAAGAUUGGCAGCGCGACCAGGCGCAUGCGCCUCUUAUUCCUUUCUCGCUUUGA